AUGCCCGCCGGCGCCGUCCCGCGUCCGCGCCUCGUGCCCCUACCCCUGCAUCCGCUAGUCCCGCUCGCCGGCCGACCGCGCCACCCCCGCUUGACCUCGCUGGCCACCGCACCUGCCUCCUCUGCCUACCUGCAGCCCCUCUGCCGCCGUGGUCACCGCGCGCAUCCCGCGCUCGUAUCCGCCUGGGGAUGUGCCCCCUCUGCUCCACGGUCUGCUCUGCUGCUGCUCGUCGGUGAUGCCGCUCCCUCGCAUCCGGCCUCCCCUGCCCGCGCUCCUCUCAUUAUCCUGCCGUCGCGUCCGUCGGGCCGCACCCGUGCCCCCACCGCUCGCUGUAGCCACCACCCGCCGUUGCUGCCCACCGCUGCUCCGGCUGCUGCCCCAGCCAUGCUCCCGCGCGACCCUUGUCCGCCGGCGCUCGCGAGCCCCGUGGCUCUGCUCCGCUUCACCCCUGUUAACCCGCGCCCGUUAGCCCCUGGUGGCUCGGCUGAGCCACCGACAGAUGGGGCCUGCUAA